AUGCCCCAGAAGCUCAAAGUCGCGUCUGCGCAAGCGCGUACGCUCGCAACGACCGUCGAAACCCUGCAAGCGCUUGAAGAAACGACUAGACGUGCCGCUUCGCAAGGCGUAGACAUCAUCCUCUUCCCCGAAGCCUAUCUCGGUGGCUAUCCGCGAACAUGCAGCUUCGGCGCGGCAGUUGGCGCACGCGCUCCUGAGGGCCGUGAGCAAUUCCUGCACUACUUCCACGAUGCCGUGGACAUGGGGGAUACACCGGCUGGCGCCGGCAAAGAUUGGUUGGAGAAGAACUUGGAGCUACCGAGAGCGAAGGCAUAUCGCGGAGAUGGCACACGUGAGGAGCUUGAGCGCAUUGCUAGGGAGACUGGCGUCUUCGUCGUCACUGGGCUAGUUGAGCGAUGUGCUGGUACACUGUACUGUGCCGCUGUCUUCGUCUGUCCAAAGCUUGGUAUACUGGGCAAGAGGCGUAAGCUCAUGCCGACUGGCUCAGAACGCUUGAUCUGGGGCCAGGGAACGGCAUCUACGCUCCGUGCGGUUACGACAGAGAUAAAGGGUGUAAAACUUACGAUGGGCUCUGCGAUCUGUUGGGAGAACUACAUGCCUAUGCUCAGACAGAGCUUGUACAGCCAGAACGUCAAUCUCUGGUUCGCGCCCACGGCAGAUGCGAGAGAUACAUGGGAAUCGUUGAUGCGCACUGUGGGAUGCGAAGGAAGAUGUUUUGUCGUCAGCGCAAACCAGUGCGUGAAGAAGAAGCAUCUACCAGAAUGGAUCACUGGUGUGAAGAAGCCUGGAAGCGAUAAUUCCACAGCGAACGGCACAAUGGGAAACGAGGGGCCAAAACCAUCAGUGACGAGCGCUGGAAGGAGGAAGAGUACCAUCUGCAAGACGGAAGAUGGCAACGAAAUAUGCAUACCUAUCAGAGACGACAAGGAUGCCCAGCAGUCAAACACAGACUCCGCCAUCGAGUCUCCGGCAGUGACGGAUGCCCUUAACACCAAUCCCUUCCAAAGCUCAGCUGCGCCUGUACAGACCUCGUCAGCAGACGGCGAGGAGUUCGUCUCUCGCGGGGGCUCCUGCAUAAUCUCACCACUUGGUGAAGUCCUUGCCGGGCCGCUUUGGGAGUCUGAGGAUGAGCUGCUUACUGUUGAGAUUGACUUUGAGGACUGUGAGAGGGGUCGGCUCGACUUUGAUGCUGCGGGAAGCUACUCAAGAAGCGAUCAGUUCAAGUUGCAAGUUGAAGGACUGGAUUUGGCACCGCCGCCGAUAUGA